AUGGACACACUUCCCUUCGACGAGAGCUCCCAUCUCUCCCACAGCCAUCACAGUGCUGAGGAAAAUGGGAACGAGACAGGCCGAAGGAGAGUGAGCAGAGCAUGCGAUUCUUGCCACAUUUCACGUCGACGUUGCGAUGGUCAACAGCCCUGCUCAUGUUGUGUUCAGACCAAAAGAAAUUGCCAGUAUGAGAGACUGCAGAAACGCAGGGGAAGAUUGUCAAGAAUGCGGCAAUCUAUUCAUGGAAUCUCCCAGAAAUCACAUCAGGAUGGUUCUCACGGCCCUGGAGUUAACGAUCGAGGAGUUUCGAGUCCCAUGCUUGUGGAAGGGCAUAAUACGGCUCUGUCAAUGAAUGACAACCCAAACCACCACGGCGUAGGUCUACUCCUUCAGGACUUUGAUGUCUCCCAGGCAGACUUUGGCUAUGAAAUGUGCGACUUUCUCGAUGAGUGGUCGAUAGAAGCACAUGAUACCUCAGCAGUCGCCACGGGGCGAGAUAUGAUCAAUUCGAUCAACCAUACCAGUGUCGAAGCAAGUCCCCCAGAUCGUGUGCGAGGUCUGACACAGACACGGGACAUGCGUCUUAGAGGGCGUCGACAACCAGCAGAUCGAUCCAACAUCGAGCAUGAGCAAGCAGGACGGGGAUCAGUCCGACGAAACCAAGACGACCAGUCAAACGGGAUCUACCCAGUACUUGAACCACUUCUCCCCGAGCUCCGAAAAAUCAUGUCAGAUUCGGUAUCAUCUGAUCUACUCAAAGCCUACUUUGAGAUAAAUCCGCUCAAAGGGUCUCCAAAGAUUUCCCUCGUGCCAUGCUCUGUGUUGAACAAGCAAUCAUUCUUGACCCGCAAGAAUCCCAGAAAAACGAGCAACGUGCUUCUAGCAAGCAUGCUAUGGCUUUCAGCUCAAGAAGCCGACAUCCCAUUAUUCGAAUCCAACGUGGCAAAAAGAAAGGACAUUCGAAGAAAACUCCUGCGACUUACAACCCAGCUUCUCAAACCUUUAAGUGAGGUCGCUUUUGUGGGGUAUGUGAGUGAGAUGAACUCGCAAUACUUUGACGAAUGUCUGGCGUACGUGCAUCUUGCAAUGGUCACAUCUGCGAGUGCAUUCAAGCGGGCGAGUCUUCGUUGGUGGAACAUGGCUUUUUCUCUGGCGCGCGAAAUCAACUUACACCUACCUACCGAUACUUCCAGUAUAGGUGAWACUCCAGCAAUUUCUCCAGCAUCAUCCUGCACAAGCAACACAUCUCAACAUCCAACUGGAGAUGGUGAGAGAUCUCCCGAUAGGAUCGAAGCGGGGAGAGAGCGAGUCAGAGCCUGGUGGUUUCUAUACACAAUGGACCGACACAUUUCUCUUCUAUUCAACAAACCCCUUUAUCUCUUGGACUCCGAAUGCUCGAACUUGGAACGAUUCAUCGACGAAGAUCCCCUAACCCAAACCUCGGAUAUCAAUCUCUUGCCUUCAAAUCCCACUGGUCCAUCCUACUAUUGCACAGGUCCACACUUCUUUCAAUUCUUCACCCCUCUAAGCUCUCUACUCGGCGAAAUCAUCUACUUCACCCAAGCUCGCCACCAUCCCAGAUUCGGCAUAUCACCCGUAUCAUUCGAGGAUUGGAGCAACUGGCACGACGCCAUCUCAACACGCCUAGAAAAUUUCCACCAAAGUUUAGAGGUCUUACAUCCGAGCACGUCGAGGACGAAUCAUCAAACAGAACCCGAUAAUCCUUCUCCCUAUCGUUGCCAAGUCGCUUACGCAUAUGGAGAAUUCUUCGUCCAUGUUUUACAAGUAUUACUAGCUGGAAGAUGGGACCCCCUAGCAAUUCUGGACCAAUCCGAGAAUCUUCUCGCCUCGAAUGAAUAUCAGAAUGUUGUGAAACAUGCUUUGAGCUCCGCGGAUGCUCUUCAAAAGGCCAUGGAACUCGAUCCCGGAUUACAAUUCAUGGCGUUUUAUUUGGGGAUUUACCUCUUCCAAGCAAGUCUUCCUUUUCUUUGCAUUGCUGAUCGGCUGGGUGCGGAGACGGAUGAGCAGACGAUUAAAGCUUGUCAGGUUUUGAUUCAUGGGCUUGAGGUUAGUACUUCGCAGACUUCUUGUGAAUAUCAGACGGCUAUGGUUACGGCGCUAAGAACGUCACUUUUGGAAAUGCAGGGACGUGUGGUUGAUAGUAAUGGAGAGAAUCGAUUGCAGAGGAGACGAUUGCUUCGGAAAUUCGACUGGACGGCUGAAGGAAGGGGUGCUGGAUGCUGA